ACUCCCAACAGUUAGAACCUCAGCUCCUUGGCAGCUCCCAGCAGAGCGUGCCAGCAUCGUGCCCUGGGCGUGGGGGAGCCGAGGUGCGGCUUGAGGGUGGGCCUGCGCUCACCCUGUGCCCGGCCUCCCUGCCCCUCUGCACCAUCCCCACCGGUGACCUUCCGGCCGCCGCCUCAGUGAAUACCACUUAGCAGAUGAGCAGCAGCAGCAGCAAGAGAGCCCCAACGACAGCAACCCAAAGACUGAAGCAGGACUACCUUCGGAUCAAGAAAGACCCGGUGCCUUACAUCUGCGCCGAGCCCCUCCCUUCCAAUAUUCUCGAAUGGCACUAUGUUGUCCGCGGCCCUGAGAUGACCCCUUACGAAGGUGGCUAUUAUCAUGGAAAGCUAAUUUUUCCCAGAGAAUUUCCUUUUAAGCCUCCUAGUAUUUACAUGAUAACUCCCAAUGGAAGGUUUAAGUGCAACACGAGGCUGUGUCUCUCUAUCACGGAUUUCCACCCAGACACGUGGAACCCAGCGUGGUCUGUCUCCACCAUCCUGACCGGGCUCCUGAGCUUCAUGGUGGAGAAGGGCCCCACCCUGGGCAGUAUAGAGACCUCGGACUUCACGAAAAGACAACUGGCUGUACAGAGUCUAGUGUUUAAUUUAAAAGAUAAAGUCUUUUGUGAAUUGUUCCCUGAAGUUGUGGAGGAAAUUAAACAAAAACAGAAAGCACAAGAUGAACUCAGUAGCAGGCCACAGACUCUGCCCUUGCCAGAUGUGGUUCCUGAUGGGGAGAUGCACCAUGGCCAGAAUGGGGUCCAGCUUCUCAAUGGGCAUGCACCGGGGGCCGGGCCCCACCUUGCAGGGCUCCAGCAGGCCAACCGGCACCAUGGACUCCUGGGCGGUGCCCUGGCGAACUUGUUUGUCAUAGUGGGUUUUGCAGCCUUUGCCUACACGGUCAAGUACGUGCUGAGGAGCAUCGCACAGGAAUGAGAGGCACCAGAGCCAGGACCCUGUUGCUGCAGAUGCAAGUGCCAGAGCUCAACACAGGCGGGCUGGACAUGCUGCUGAUCCAGGGCGGGCCCGCCGGACUCCUGGGUUUCUCUUUUUAAAAACCUUAAAAGGAAAGCAAAAACCAAAAUGUGUGAUUUGGAGGAGACACGAGAUCCUCAGCUCCCUCUGCUCACCUGGUGUGGUGUGUGUCGGGGCCAGUGUCUACAAGGGCCGCUCACGUUUGGUUUUAUAGCUUAUCUCCUGUAUUGUCUUUUGGACCUGUUUAGUAAACCUGUUUUUCAUUUUAUUAGAUUUGGUCACUUAAAAAUAUAAAACUCAAUGCCUAUCAAACACUCUGCGUGUGUUCUUGGCAGAGCUCUGGACUCUUCAGCAGGAAAGGGCUGGAGCUGGGGUAGGGCCUGCAUUGUGGCACCAUCCCAAGUGGUAGAGCCAGUCGGCGGGCCAGCGACAGCAUGGACAGGGACCCAGGAGAGAGGAGAUUUGACUCAUCAUAAAAACAUAUUUAUGGUCAGUUGGAGUGAAUCAAAUUUCUUCUGGAAAGUGCUCCUUCAUUUUUCUGUCCAGGUAGAAGAGUUUGCUUGCUCUGUGGCCACUAGGUGUCACCCUUUACUUGGAGCAGCCUCUGAAAAUGGCAGGCAGCUAGCUUGUGGCCCGCCUAGUUGGACCACCAGCUUCUCUGGGUGCUGUGGGGCGGGAGGGUGGUUGCUGGGUGUCUGCAGAAUCUUUUCUCUGAAUUUCUCGUGUCCAGUUGGCAGAAACUUGUCUUACUGAGCCACUAGGUGGAGACCCUUGGUCCCAGGGUGGGUUCUGUGCACUGUUGGACUCUUCCACUUGGUCCAAGUACUUUCUUUCACCUUAGAGGUAGGCUGUACUGUCUUUACUAGUUGAGCACAUCAUUGGCUCUUCUGGGUCACAUAAAGGAAGCUGCCCUUGGAGGACACGUGGAUUCACUGUCAAAGCUGGCAUGGUCUCCGUGUUGGGACCUGUGUCGCCUGAAGGGGCCCAUGCCUUCCCUUUUCAACAUUUGUGUCUAAUGACUGCAGCUGCACUCAGUGUUUUGAAGAUGCAUCACACUGGGAAAACUGACAUCUGUGGGGCACUGACGGAGCCAGUGGUGCUGUUCAGUGGCGGAUGUGGCCUCCCAUCCAUCAGUCACCACUGGGUCCCCACUGAGGCCCACAAACCAGACUCAUCCCAGAGACAAGUGGCAGAGCUGCAAGCACAGCCUGCAUGCUCGACUCUGGCUUUGUUUGUGGUCGGUGGAUUUAAAAUUGCUCUGUAUUUCACCGCUUGUGUGUGUCUGACCCACCUCUUUGGGGAAAAAAUCUUUCAUUAUGCUUCUGUUCCUGAAUUUCAUGCUGUCUUCAUCUGUGUUGGUGGAGACUCCUGUCCUUGCUGAGUGGCUCAGGCCUACACGUGGGGUCUUUGGGGUCACACCUGCCUGGCCUGGGGACAGUGAGUGUUGCCACCUGAGGGUGAGUCUUGGAGGCAAUGUGGUGCUGCUGAGACCCUGGCCCACCUGGCCUGGACCCUGGCCAGGAGCUAUCUGUGCAUGGCCACAGUGGGUGGAGCAUACUUCCUCCUUUGCUGAGAGCCAGCCAACACUUGGUCCAUGGCCUCCUUUAAGGGCACUUCUAUAACCACUGGCGUCCAUUCCAAAUCCUUGAUGUUUCCUGGGGCUGUUGGGAGGCUGAAUGUAACCAGAUUUAGAGUUUACCCAACACCUUAUUUACUGUAUGUGAAAUCUCAACUUUUAACAGCCCUUAGUGGUGGAGACAGACCCUGUGGUGCCCAUGGCUUGUUGCCUGCAUUGGCUUCAAUAAAAGAUGACCUUUGUCCUGUUGGACCAA